AUGGCUGCUCCUCCUGCUAGAGCUCGUGCUGAUUAUGAUUACCUGAUUAAACUUCUCUUAAUCGGUGAUAGCGGUGUGGGUAAAAGUUGUCUUCUAUUACGUUUCUCUGAUGGGUCUUUUACAACUAGUUUUAUCACGACCAUUGGUAUUGAUUUCAAAAUAAGGACCAUUGAGCUUGAUGGAAAGCGAAUCAAAUUGCAAAUAUGGGAUACAGCCGGUCAAGAGCGUUUCCGAACUAUCACAACGGCUUACUACCGUGGAGCCAUGGGUAUUUUGCUUGUAUACGACGUUACUGACGAAUCUUCUUUUAACAAUAUCAGGAAUUGGAUUCGUAACAUUGAGCAGCAUGCUUCUGACAAUGUUAACAAGAUACUGGUAGGCAACAAAGCUGAUAUGGAUGAAAGCAAACGGGCUGUGCCAACUUCUAAGGGUCAAGCGCUUGCAGAUGAAUAUGGUAUCAAGUUUUUUGAGACUAGUGCAAAAACAAAUCUGAAUGUCGAGGAGGUUUUCUUUUCAAUAGCUCGGGACAUCAAGCAAAGACUUGCAGACACUGACUCAAAAUCUGAGCCCCAGACAAUCAAGAUUAACCAACCAGACCAGGGAGCAGGGGCUGCUCAGGCGGCCCAAAAAUCUGCAUGCUGUGGUUGA